UUGUUUGUUCCUUGGUCACAUGAGUCAGGAGUCGAGUCAGCGCAGCAUUCAUAUCAGCAGACGAUCGAGGAUCAAUUCAAGGGGAUCAAGCUUCAAAGAGAAAGUAGAGAAAAUUACGUAUCAAAAAUGUUAUUUAGGAAUGUGAUCUCUAUUUUAUUGAUAUUUGGAACACCUUCAUUAGUCCUUGGAUGCGGGUUUCCCCCAGACCUAUGGUGCAGCUCACCAGAAAUUUCUGAAAAGUGUGGGGUAGAGAAGCAGUGUUCAUUGUGGCAUUCUAAACAGGCUCUUACUGAUGUUCCACUUGUGCGUUAUGAGCUUUAUUAUGAGUCUCUGUGUCCUGGUUGUAAACAGCUCAUCCUCACACAACUUUACCCAGCUUGGCUGAAAGUUCAGAGCAUUGUCAAUGUCACUUUGGUACCCUAUGGUAAUGCCCAGGAGAACAAAUAUGGAGGAAAAUGGAACUUCACGUGCCAGCAUGGUCCUGCAGAAUGUGUUGGGAACCUAGUUGAAACAUGUAUCUUGUCGAUCCUGCCCUUUGAUAAAGCAUUUCCAUUCAUCCACUGUCUCGAAACGUACAACCCUUCAACUGAUGGAAAAUAUUGUGCAAGUUUGUAUAAUCUGUUAUCCUAUUGGCCAUCCAUUGAAGAAUGCAGCACUGGACCUAAUGGAAAUUCACUUGAGCAUGAUAUGGCUGUUAAGACAAACGCCUUGAACCCACCUCAUCAGUAUGUACCAUGGGUUGUACUCAAUGGAGUUCACAAUGAAGAAAUCCAAAGUCAAGCAGAAUCAGAUUCACUUGCACUCAUCUGCAAUGCAUAUCAGGGUGUGAAACCAGCUGGAUGCACUAAAACAGGUUUUAUAAGAAGUCCAGUUAAAAAAAUUCUCUGAAAUUAGAAAGGUUUGCAUUGUGGUAUGAACAAUUGCUGGAGUGAUUUACGGUGCCCCAUGGUGUACUGUAAACCACUUCCGCAAAGAAUUUUCUAAUUUUUAUUCUCUAGUUAAAACAAAAAGAUACAUGUAUUGCAGAGCUUGGGACUAUUUCACAAAGCAUCCUGUCAAUGAUUUGCAGUGACGAAUUUGCUCUCAGCUAAUCAAGAUCUAGGGGGAUUUUUACUAGUUUGUAAUGGUUCUAAGUGAAUACCAAUACAAAGCUUGCUUCAUGAAACAUAUAAGGACUUCAGGUUAGCCUGAAAAAUGAUCUAUUAGAUGAUCUGAGUAUUGGACCAUCUGUUAGUAGACCAAGUGGCUUUAGCUACAAAGCACAUCCCAGAAAAAGAAGAAAGGAAGAAUUAUUGGUACUUUAGCAUAACUUAAUCACAAAUGAAAGGACCUAUCACUGUAAAGGUCAUAGAAUCUCCUCAUUCAUCUGAUAUAUGUAGAUGAUUAUUCAUUCUCGCAUGAGUGAGCAAAAAUAAUAUGAAAGAAAGAUCCCAAAAUGGUACCUCAGUCAAAGAAAAUAUCCCAAGAAUAGCAAAUUUUUGUUCCUUUGAAAUAAUACUUUCAUUUUCAUGAUUUCAUCAAAGAAAUUGCAUUUUCAUUGUCUGCUUACUUUAGCUAUUGUAUCAUUAACAAAAUACUUCAUGGCUGAUCCUCAACAAACCAGAGUAAUGGGUUAGUGUGACAGAUAUCCUUCAAAUGUCCUCAUUUACGAAUAUUUUUGAAAUUCAUUCAUUAUUUAAAAAAAAGCAGAACUUUUUUAUAGUCCAUAUUCUUUUAUAUUUAUGCUCACACAUGCGUGAAUGAAUAGUCAUCUAAAUGAUAUCAGAUGAAAAGAGAGACCAAAAUGGGUAAUUAUAUCUCAUUUGUUAUUAAGUUCUGCUAAAGCUUCAAUACUUGGUUUCAUUUUAUUCCGGGAUGCACUGUAUGAUGGUGUUGACGAUAUAAAACAACAACUGCCAGUUGACCAAGUGGGUUAAGCUAUAAUAAAUAAAUGGUUUUUAAUGAGUAAACAAUAUGAGUAGUUGAGAUAUGAAUAUCCCUAUGAAACCAAUUGUUUCAUUACAGCUGAAAAAAAUGGGUGACUCACUGGAAAUUUUGAAGAACAUGUCUUUUGAUUAGUGUGUGAACAUUUUGUAAACCUAUGAAAAUUUGUAUUUUCUACUGUAAGAAUGGUAUAUUAAUGUAUGUAGUCCAAAUGUUUUUUUUCUAAAAGUUCUUGUUAGUUAUUGUACUCUAUUAAAAAAGUGAUCCAUUGAUAUUUGAAAUCAUAUCUGUCAUUGCAUUACGGAAAUAAAAAUAUUUAUCUUGGUUAUAUAAG